CUGUCCAUGACAUACUCCCCAUAUUGAAAUGAAAAUAAAUUCAUGGUAUAUAAAAUGAAGCAAAUAGCCUCAACCAAGUUUUUAAAAAGUUUUGUAAACUUUCGGAGUUGUGUUUAUUGUGAUUUUUUUUUUUGUUUCCAUUUCCAGUUUAUCGAACUUUGAAAAGGUAAGCCAUUUGUUGGUUAAGAAAACUUUUAUUUUCACAGACUGGUCUCAAAUUGAAGGUGUCUGCGUCAUUAAAUAAAAUAUAAACAUGUUACUGGUGCAGUAUGUUAUGCGUAUAUUAACUUUUAACAAAAAUGAAGGAGAAUACUAAUAUGCUAACUGGAGAACAGUGCAUUCUCCAUAAUAAACUCCCAUGCAUUUUUGAUUUCGCAACUUCCAUCGAAUAUCAAAUCUUCGUCUCCGUGAAAUUGGAGCAUAUCCUAAACAUCAACAUGAUCAACAACAACAACAAUAAAAACAUCAUGAACAACAUCAACAAAAAAAGUAAUGUAAUUUGUAUUGUGAAAAUUACCGUUGAGUAGUUCCAUUUUAGAUUCCCCUCAGUAAUUUAUCCCUUUCUGAGCGGUUACCAGAAAUUUGAUCGAAAGAAAUUUAGUCGACGGUAAAUUGAUCGACGGAAAUUUGGUCGAAUUUUUUUUUUCAGUUCACACGUUAAAAUUUUCGUCGUCAUAGUAAAACAAAAUCAUGCGUUAAAAAAGAAAUUUGAAGUAAAAUUUUAACAUGCGAACUGAAAAAAUGGUUCGACCAAAUUUCCGUUUGAUCAAAUUUCCGUCGAUCAAUUUCCCGUCGACGAAAUUUCUUUCGAUCGAAUUUUCGGAUACGCUUCUGAGCUGAAGUCAAUGUCUUGCGUCAGCGGCGUCGCCUCUAAAGAGAGACAUUGGCCCAAGAUUCCAUAAUAGAAGCGUUUUUCAGGCAGAUGAAAACAUGUGAUUUUAACAUUGGACGCCAUUAAUAUGUUCUGGCGAAAGUCGAUGUCAGUAUAUUCCCCUAUCCUUGUAUGGUACUGUUCUUAUUUAUAUAGGAAUACAAAUAAAAUGUGGUCCCAUUUUCCAUGAAUACAUAAUAACCAAUACAUUAAACAGAAACUCGUCCCUCUCCCCCAUAGACAGCGACGAGGCCAUGACAGGUGAUUCCGGCUCAUACCAGCGAGAAGCCAGUAUAGGAGCUGCUCAUUCCUGCCCAAGACAGUCAGGGGCUAGGACAAGCUUUCAAAAGGAACAGUUGAGGCGACAGCACUUGACACAUUUGCGUCUAUUGCCCCAGGCCUUACAACCCCCAUUGCAUGAUACCCUCACAAAAUAACCCUUGCAAAUAAAGAAUUAAUAUCCUCAGCACAUACAGGCACAGAAAAAUCCCCUCUACAUGCAUAGGAGCCAAAAUGACCAAUAAAUUGAUCGUGGGCCCUUAAUAUAUAGAAGAAGAAGAAUACAUAAAACCAAUGCAAUAUACAUGUAUAUAAUGGUAACUUGUUUUAAAUUGCAGAUUUUCAAAAGUAUUCAGCUCUGAAAACUAUUUCGACAAAAAGACACACAAAAAUAGUUUCGAAGUUCUUCGGAUAUUUUCUCAUCGUUACUUGAACCACAAUAAGUGAUGCAGAGAAGCCAUAACAAUACAAAUACAGCAUCAGUAAUGGCUGAACACAACGAGUCAUUUUCAGGAAGCGUUGACUCUCUCCUUGACUGUAUACACAAGUACGAGAACAGUGUCACGAUCAUAUCACAGAAUGACCUGAACAGAUGCUUACUGAAAGCUUGCAGUCUCGGUGAUCUGAGCGAUGUCCAGGUAUUUAUUCAAUCAGGUGCCGACUUGGAGACCAGACACGACUCGGGAAACACGCCCCUGUUGACCUGCGCCAAGAACGGAUUCACUGAUAUUGCAAGUUUCUUACUUGAAAAAGGAGCCGAUGUAAAUGCUUCAAAUCAUUUCGAGGAGACUCCCCUGAUUCUGUCUGUUCGUUUAUCCGGAUCUUUAGACCUGGCCAAGCUCCUCCUGAAACAAAAGAAAAUAGAAGUUGACCGCACGGACGGAGCUGGAUAUACCGCUUUGAUGGUGGCCAUUGAAAGGAAAGACAUUGAGGCCAUGCAGAUUUUGUUUCACGGUAAGGCAAGUUUUGGGAUCGCUGCUGAGAUGUUAGCAAAAAGUGUUGGUUUCGACAAGCUUUUUCGGCAUCUGAAGAAGUCUAAAAAUAAAAAACGCACCCCGUUGCACAAAGCUGUCUUAGAAUCAGAUCUUCAUUCUGUGAAUUUACUACUGGCCAACCAUUUCUCAUGUCCGGCUGACCCACACAGCAGAGAUUACAAGAUCAUCACGCAGUUCCUCGACUCGAAAAUCCGCACCAGAUGUGAGAUCAAGGAUCAAGAUGUUGCAGUCGUCAAAACACUUCUCGUGUACGGAGCAAGUGUGAAAGAGGGUGACGGUAAGUGUGACCACUUCACGCCCCUGCACAAGGCGGUCAAACUGGGCAGUGGUCAGCUGGUCAAGAUGAUCUGUGACUAUGGGAUUGAUCAGGGAGCGGAGCAAGAUUUCACAAGGGCGGUAGCCGUAGCGAAAGCCACCGAGAGAUACGACCUGGCUAAACUCCUAAUGAGAUACGUCAACCGUGAGAAGAAGGUUAUACAGAGAGUGAAGCACAACUACAACUACGCUGUAACAGCAGCACUAGAGAAGGGCCACAUCGAAUGUGCAACAACGUUGCUGAAACAGAGCGCAAGUAAGAACAUUGCCUUCUUCGUCCUCCAGGCAGUAGAGCGACAAAUUCUGAACUCUCUGAAGAUUCUAGUUGAGCUUGAACCAGAGCACGUAAAACAGUGCGCACUCAGCAAGGAGAUAAAAGGCAGGGAUCUUCUGGGUUUAGCGCGAGAGCUAGGAAAUCGGGAAAUUGAGAAUCUAUUGAUAGAUUUAGGAGCAUCUGCAGGAUUUUAACUCUCUCAUUGGAGUACCAUUAUUUAAAUAAGUUGAAUAGUAAUAUGUUAAAUAUAUAAUCACGAUAUUGGGAACUUUUAUGUCAUCUUCUAUUAGCAUCCCUGAACAAAUGUUUUGGACUUUGGCACAGCUAUAGGUUUUCAAAAGGGGCUGUAAUAAAAAAAUAUGCAGCCCCUCGUCCAAUCUCUGGGUUAAGUAGUGGGAUCACAGUGAGGUUUAUCCCUGGGGAUCCCAGCAUCCCUCACGAGCUGAUACUUGGCACACAGACUCGUUGACGAUGAUAACAAAUUCUAUCAAAUUUGAGUGAUAUUUUGUUUUGUCUUUUUCUGAAAUAGUUGGUGAAACACAUCUGCGCUGUAAGAGCGGAUGGAACAUUAGUUUAUUAAUAGUGUUCAGGGGCGUGAAAGAAUGGGGGAGCACUAAAUAGGAUUCUUAUAAAGUGCGUUACUUGUAUGCAUGUUUUUGUCGAAUGUUCAGCCCCACCCCCCACCCCUAUCGUUGCUCGAUGUGACAUUUUAUAAAUGAUUGAUACGGGAAAAAAAUUGUUUUGAUGGGUUAUUUAAUUACUUUUAUAUUUUCUAGAAUGUGGCCAAGCAACGAACCGGAAGAACGAUCAAAACAUAUAUUGUUAAUACAAUAUUCACUAUCACAGUUUUUAAAGGGGCACUUAUAGCAUGUUCUAAAUAUUAUAACUGUAUAACAUGUUCUAAUAAUGAUAAAUGUAUAACAUGUUCUAAUAUGAUGUGUAUAAUCGGAAUUAAAAUAUACUAUUUAUUUAAGUUUUGUAGAAUUAAUGAAUUUAUAAUCUACUACACAUUUUCAUUUUCAUAUUAUAGCCUAACUUAAACCAAUAAAUAAAAAAUAAAAAAUUCAAUCCUUCUACAUGUCAUUUGUUAACACAAUGCUAGCAUUUUAGAAGACAAAAUGGAUUCGUAAUCUUGUAAACAAAUGACGAGAUCAAAACAACCAUCCAAAGACAAACUGGCCACAGACAAAAUGAGUGUCCCUGACCUUGGAGAAAAAUGAGACCUUCAUUCCAAGAAAAAGCCCAAACUCUUUUCAUAAAUACAACUCACACCCAAGAAUUCAACUGUUAAUCUUGCCACACAAGUAUUCGACGAAAGUCUGGCUACAGACUAAUUCUAAGGCACAAAAAAAACAAAACAAAAACAACUCAAGGCUUUUCAAAACUGACAAAAAAUUUGUACGAUGAAUGUGUAAAAAUAUUUUCAAUUUAUUUGGAUCAAUAAAAUUAUAUCAUGGUAAAGUUAAUGAUCUAAAAAAUUUCACAAUGAUAAUAUUUUGAGAAAAAAUAUCUUAUCAUCUUUGAUUAAACUGAC